CGACUCACGACAGCCGCCGCCUCAUCUUGCGCACCCCAUACAUCACCUGACACACAAGACAGCAACAUCAGCACACAUCCGCCCUCCCUACUCUGUCUGCGCCACUUACGAAUCGCGCGAGCCCGGCAGAUAGGGCGGCCUUGGCCGACUGCUGCAUGGAGGAGCGCCUGACGAUCCACCUCAGUGAGUCGCUGACGACCUCGGCCUCCCACGGCAGCGGGGAGCCGAGCGACCUGAGGUAGUUGCGCUUGUCGAGGAGGGAGAAGGGGUUGAAGAUCCGGUUGAACCGACGGGACGCUGAGAUGCCUGACAGGUAAAGGGGCAAAGGACAACACGCACCAUCCAUGAGUGGAUGGUUGGGUGGAUGAGAUGGCUGUGUCUGUUGGUUUGUUACGUACCGUUGGCUCUGAAUCUGAGGGUUUCAGGCAGGUUGAUGAAGAGGCCCUCGUCAACUUCGGGCUCGCUACUCCUCUACACACACACGGAGGCAGACACAGCACAUCAACAGAUAGGGUACCCACUCCACACGGCGUCCUCCGCUUCGGUCUGCUCCUGCCCUCACGUGUAUGGUCUGUUGGUCGGACAGGAGGCUCCUCACGAUUUCCCCGACCUCAUCCUCCGUGACACCAGUCGACGCAUCAUCCUCCAGCACAAGACCCACCUCGCUCACACCCGCCCUCCCCGGCCCCUUCAUGUCUUGCGGGAAGACCUCCCUCCGCCUCUUCAUGACCUGCCGGCCCACCUCUGCGACCUUGUCCAUCGCAUCACGCCCCACAGGGCCCUCCACACGCAGCUGCAGAUCCAGCGGCUCCUUUGGCUUGCCGCCUCCCUCACCACCUUCAGGCACCGACCGCUCGGUCUCCUCUUCUGUGGCGUGUGGGUCGGCCUCUGUGUGCUGGUGUGGGGUGUCGGCCAUGGUGUGCUGGUGGUGGGGGUGCGGGUGGCUGAUGUGCGUGUCGGGCGGCAGCACCAGGGCAGAACGCAGCAGGGGCAGGUACAGAGAGAGCAGCUCCAGACCCUGGGCGGACACCUGAAGAGGGGAGCAGCAUCGAGUGCAUGUUGUAUGUGCGUGGUUUCGCUUACGAUGCCCUUCACUUUGCCGGGUUUCUCUGCGAUGCCGACACGGAUGUCGCCGCCGUAUGAGAGGCCGCAUAUCGCCUGCAGCAGCUGCCCGACAGACACUUCGGGGCCAUGAAGCAGCAACGCCGCCCGGACAGCCGCGAGUCGAUUCCUCUCGAAGAGGCCCUCCAGGUCAUCCAUCGGCUGUUCCGAUGACGAGAAACACAGAAACUGACAGAAAGCAGGCAGACCACGAUAAGGGAAGAGGCGAAUGAGUUACCAAGGCACGUCUGCCUACCGGUUUGUGGAGCCUGCCCGCCACAUAUAGUGACGACCAUGUGUCGAUGUCCUCCCGCAAGUCCUCUUCGCUCACAACACCAUACUUGCAGUACUGACCACAAAGACACACCAACACAGUCACGCCGAGCAUGGUUGCAACAUAAACAUCGGUCUGCCUGUCCCGCCCUUGCCGCACCUGCCUUCCAUCGUCGAGGGGCACCAUGGUGUUGAAGUAAACCUUGGACACGCCCAGCCGCUGGAACUGCGCCACACGGUCGCUGCGGAACCGGCUGAUGAACGAGUAGUCCCCGCCAUUCGACGCGACGUUGUCACGGUGCCACGCCUCCGGAUCUUUCACCACAAAGAGGAAAUCCAACAGUCUGUUGGAUAAGCCUCCGUCCUGAGCCCACACACGCAACACACACAUAGGCAGACAGCAUGCCAUUGCAGAGAUCGCCUGUAGAAUGAGCAUCGUCUGCGUGCAGUGCAUUGAAUGCAUUGCGUACCUGCAGUCCGUGCUGGUCAAACACGGCUGAUCCAUAGCCAAUCACCGCCCUGAUGGGCGGGAACUGCUCAAAGGGGAAAGGCAGCGGCAUGCCCAAACUGCGAGAACUGGGGACGUUGUCCUGCUCCCGAUUCCCUUCUCCCUUGUCUCGUUGCG